CACGCGAGAAGCUGGGAAAACUUUGACAUAUAUAUUUUCAUUUAGCAUGUAUGUCGAUUGGUCAAUAUAUUUUCGAUAUGGAAUUGUCCCCAUUAAUUAUUCGUUCGACAGCUGGGCACCUUCAUGAACAGAGCAGUUCCAGCAUCAAAGAUUGAAAUUUAGUAAAUUUGUGGUGUUUUCGCCGGCUGUGCUCUCGCGACGCAGAUUAGUUUUUUCAAUCCUCGAGGAUCCUCUUGCUCCGCUUAUCUCUGGUAAGUAGUUUUUCAUAAUUUUGCAGCGACCUUAAUGAAAUGUUCAUUAUCAAUCGGCGAAACAUGAUGUUUCGCAAAUUGCAAUCAUUAGCAAUACUCAAUGUUUGAAACAUUGAGUAUUGCUAUUGAUUCUCGGCUGUGAUUUAUAAUUUGACAGUUAUGCAGUGAUAGUUUUUUUAUUAUUAUUAGCUGAGUAAAACUUAGAGUAUUGCAAGAAUCCGAUGUUAAAAUGAUCGUUAUGUAUCAUGUUAAACGCAUAAAUGGCAUAGUCAAUGAGAAUAUGAAAAAAUUAAAGCUUGUUUGUAAGGAUAUAAAAUCGUCAAGAAUUAAAGCAAUUCCGCCUAAAUGUCGCUCAAAUAGUGAUGAAGUAAAUAUCUGCGAUUGGUGAUCACCACGCUUUUAUAUCAAAAUCAUUUUUUAUUUUUCUAGAACGGUGACAAGUGCCCGGAAAAGUAUGGAUAAAUUAGAAUUAAAUUUGCAAUGUCUUAUUUGCACCAUUAGUCGUUUGUUGUGUUGAUUUAAUGGAAUCGUGUAUUGUUCGGCCGAACCACAAAGGAUUUGAAAAAGAAAAUGGGUAAUCGAGAACGUACGUAGAAGGUUUAGUUCACAUUGAAGUUGUUUGUAUAAACACAAAGUAGUUGGAGUGUAUGUGAAUACAUAUAUUUAAUCAUUGUUUAGCCGUGGAUGUGCAUCGAGUGAAGAUAUGCUAGGGAAAUUAGAUGCAUUACAGUGUUUCAUACGAGACUUGCACUGGGUUUGUACUAUAUAGUAUUUUUUAAAUAUCUUAGUUUUUUAGACUAAAUUUGCGUUUUUUUCUUGUUAGUUUGACGAAAGAUCCUUAGAACAUCUUGAAAAACGUUUAAAACAAAUGGGAACCGAUGGGAACAGAUUAUUGACUACCGAGUGAAUGUUGUGUGAUGAUUAAUGUUAUUCUCGGCUGCAAAUUACAAGUAAGACCUUAUUUCUCUAGUCUAAAAUAUCAACAGUUAGGACGUUUGUUUAUUUUCUUUUAGGCACCGAAGUAUUAAAUAGUGCAGAUUUACAUCAGUAUCGUACACAAAUCGAUGAAUAUCUAGAAAAAAUCCGUAUCGAAGUGUCAAAAUCAUUAAUUUUGAAAUUAGUUGCCAUAACGGAUUUAAUAUUAAAAAAAUUAUCGCGCUAUUAUGAAGGAUCAUUUUUGCUCCAAUUUUAUCGUUAA